AUGUUACUUAGAAAAUAUGGUGUUAAUGAUGCAUUAUGGGCAUAUAGGACAGCAUACAAAGCUCCUUUAGGUGCAUCACCUUAUAGAUUAGUUUAUGGAAAAUCAUGUCAUUUACCAGUGGAAAUUCAACAUUGUGCAUAUUGGGCUAUUAGGAAGCUUAAUAUGGAUACAAAAAAAUCAGGCCAUAAGAGACUUUUACAAUUGCAUGAAUUAGAUGAAAUUCGUAAUGAAGCUUAUGAGAAUUCUCUUAUUUAUAAGGCUAAAGUUAAGGAUUUCCAUGAUAAGUAUAUUACUAGAAAAAAUCUAGAAUCAAGACAAAAAAUUUGGUUGUACAAUUUUAGAUUAAAAUUAUUUCCUGAAAAAUUAAGAUCUAGGUGGGAUGGUCCAUAUCUUCUUGAGACUAUUGAUCAAUAUGGAGCAAUAAUGAUCAAAGAUCUGAAAACAAGUGUAAGUUUUAAAGUUAAUGGGUAUCGGCUCAAAAUAUACUGA